AUGGAGAAACCCCGUCUCUACUAAAAAUACAAAAUUAGCCAGGCGUGGUGGUGCAUGCCUGUGAUCCCAGCUACUCAGGAAGCUGAGGAGGAGAAUCGCUUGAACCCAGGAGGCAGAGGGUGCAGUGAACCGAGAUCUCACCAUUGCACUCCAGCCUGGGCAACAAGAGUGAAACUUCAUCUCAAAAUAAUAAGUUUACAAUCUCUGAAUAUGUACCAAAUGGAGCCAGGGGUGGGGAGUAUUAGGACAAACCACCCACUGCAGCCCCCAGCUCUCACUCGUGGACUAAGUGCACGGGACGCAGCCAUUCGGAAAGCUCUUUCUUUCGGAGUGGGACUGGGUGUUCUGGUUUUGGUUUGCUUGUUUUAUCAUUUUGUGACAUUGGCACCUAUUCUUCAGGUUGCAUCCUUGCCUUGCUUGCUUGAAGCUGGAGCACAAAUGUUCCAUCACCCUGUAACAAUACAAGUAUGCGUCAUCCCUGCGAGGCUUAGCUUGGGAAGAACCUCCAGGAACCUCCUUCUCUGCUCUGUCCGCCACUUUACACUGUUGCUCUCGUUUCAGUCACUGAGGCCCUUUCCCUUAUCCUCCAGGGACAUGGUGCUGCUCUCUAAGCUCUGACUCCAGUGUGACUUUCAUAUUGCUCUUCCAGAUAGCAGUGGCAGUGGCAUUUGCAAAAAGGCUAUUUGA